AUGGGGUGCGGGCCGUCCAAGGAGGACGCGGAGGGCGGCGCCGUGUCGCGGUGCCGGGAGCGGAAGCACCUGCUGAGCGCGGCCGUCCACGCGCGCCACGCGCUGGCGGGCGCGCACGCGGGCCUCGCCGCCGCGCUCAAGAACGUCGGCGCCGCGCUCUCCGACUACGCCGUGGGCGAGACCGACCGCCACGACGCCGUCGUCGUGCCGCGCUCCGCCUCCGCCGCGGCCGUGCUCGCCGCCGGACAGGGGACGGCGGCCACGGUGGUCAAGGCGCUGCCGUCCCCGCUCGACGCCGUGCUCCCGCCGCCGCCGCCCCCGGGCGCCUACGGCGACGACGGCGGCGGCGGGCCCGCCGCGCCGCUGCACAGGUCCAUGAGCGCGCCUGACAUCCAGCCCAUCCGGAAGGGCCGCUCCGGGGAGGCGCCCAUCAUGGAGGAGGAAGAGGGCGAGGGCGGCGACGCCCCCGGCGACGACGCGGGGCGGCGCCGGGAGGACGACGAUCCGCCGCCGCCGCCGCCCCCGCCGCCGGCGAACGUUCCCCCGCCCUCGCGCUCCCCGCCGCCUGUCCCUGCCGCGGCGGAGGCGAACCGCGAGCGGGCGACGGCAGCGGGGGAUUCGUGGAACGACGUCAUCUUCGGCUCCCCCGACGCCAUGCCCGCGCCGCCGCCCACGCUGGACCCUAGCGCCAGCGCCGCCGCCGAGUCGUCGUGGGCGGCCGAGCGGAGGAUGCCCGCGCCGCCUCCGCCGCCGCCCGAGUCCGACCAACAGCCUCCGAAGCAGCCGCAGCCGGUGCCUUCUGCCGAGGAGAUCGCCGAGGGAAAGAAGCCCGCGGCGGAGCUCGUCACGCGCCGGGCGGCGACGCAGAAAGCAGCUAGGAGGAUGGAGGGCAAGAAGGGCAGGGUCGUCAUGGUGCCGCCGCAGACGGCGAGGCUGGGCGACGUCCUGCGCAAGCUGGACGAUCACUUCCUCAAGGCGUCCCAGAGCGCGCACGAGGUGUCCAAGUUGUUGGAGGCAGCGAGGAUGCAUUAUCACUCCAAUUUCGCCGAGACGCGAGGAUUUGUGGAUCAUUCUGCAAGAGUGAUGCAAGUCAUCACUUGGAAUCGCUCAUUUAAAGGGAUCCCUCAACCAGAGAAUGUGAAGAAUGACUUGGAUGAUGAUAAAUGGGAAACACAUGCUACCGUACUCGAUAAGUUGCUUGCAUGGGAGAAAAAACUAUGCCAUGAAGUGAAGGAGUUCGAGGUUAUCAAAGUGACAUAUCAACGAAAGCUAGCUGUUCUUAACAAAAAGAAGCAACGUGGUGUUAGUUCUUCAUCAAUUGAGAAAACCAAGUCCAUUGUUAGUCACUUGCACACAAAAUAUAUAGUUGAUUUACAAACAAUGGAGUCAACAGUUGCAGAAAUUGACCGCCUAAGAGAUCAACAGCUUUACCCAAAACUCCUUGAACUAGUGAAGGGAUUGUCACACAUGUGGGAUGUCAUGUACGCUCACCACAAAGCGCAGCUCAGGAUCAUUACAGAGCUCAAAGCGUCUGAUAUCUCGGUUACUACACGGGAAACAAGUGAGCAACACCAUGACCGAACUUUGCAGUUGCGGAGCAUUGUUCAGGAGUGGCAUGUGCAGUUUGACAGGUUCAUGACAUAUCAGAAGGAGUACAUAGGAAGUCUCUACAGCUGGAUCAAGCUAAAUGUGAUCCCUAUUGAUACUAACCUGAAGCCUAAUUCGUCACAGCCACAUGAGACCACACCUCCAAUCAAGAGGUUGCUGCAUGCUUGGCAUGGUAGCCUUGAGAAGCUCCCUGUUAAUGAAACGAAAAAGGCUAUACACACAUUUGCAGAAGUGGUGAACACAAUCCUAGUUCACCAGGAUGAAAAACUGAAGUUGAGGAUGAAAAUUGAUGAGACUAGGAGGGACUUUGAGAAGAAGAGAAGGCAGUUCGAUGAUUGGGCACAGAAAAAUUGGGACAGAGGAGCAAGUAUUCCUGAUGGCGACAAUCCCGCACGUGCUGAUCCAGCAGCUGAACGGAAAGCCGUGGUAGAUAAGGUGGAGAAUGCACUGAAGGACCUGGAAGAUAGUUAUAAGACCCAGUGUAAGGUAGUAAGGGAUAAAUCCCUCAAUCUUCUCCGGUCAAACUUGCCGGAGCUGUUCCGCGCCGUGUCGGACUUCUCCCUCCAGUCCGCGGGUUGUUUCAAGGGCCUGUGGUCGAUCGCGCAAACAAAUGACCAGCUGGAUGAUUGA